UAGACACAGUGAAGUGAUUAAUUCCAAAAUAAACUUUUCGUAUUUGGAGAUUGUCCCUAUAUUUUAUUUUACUUCCGUAUCCUGAAACGGCAAGGAAAAAGGUAAACAGUCUUUUUCUAUGACAAAGACAACACUAUAAGAUGAAGAACAAUGCCUUACAAAGAUAAGAACGGAAAAUUUUGUGGUUUCUUAAAUGCAGAGGAAAAAGAGGGAAGUGGAAAAUUUCUACGAAGAUAUUUUUUGUUAGAUGAGAAGAAAAGUCGACUGUAUUAUUAUAAAGACAAUCCUGGAAAUUUACAUGCUGACUACAGUAAAACUUGUGGAGAGAUAGAAAUUCACUUUAUUUCAAGGGUUAGUGAUGCCAGAAAGCUUAGACCAAAAGUUGAUAACUGCUUCUCAAUAACAUAUGCUGGGAGGACCAUAUAUUUAGAGGCAGAGGAUGGAGAUGAUCUAGAAGGAUGGAUCAAAGCUUUAAAUGAUGCUAGUAAAAUAACUGUACCAGUAAAGCAUGAGGAUCUUGGUAAUGGUCAAAAAGAUUCAAGGGCAGGAGGAUUUACAGCAGAAAUUGCUGGUGGAGUUGUCUGUAAAAUCCCUAUGAAGUACAAUAAGAUACAGGUGAGUGAUGAAGAACCAGGGUCAUCAGAUGAAAGUCCAAAUGAGUCAUCAGGUCUGUCAGCAAGUGCUAUGCAGAGUUAUAUUAGUGGAUACUGUGUUAAACAAGGUGGUAUGAGAAAGAAUUGGAAGAGAAGAUAUUUUGUGUUUUCUGAAAGUGGCUUUCAAUACUAUAGUUCUGACAGAGCAAAAGAGCCCCUUAGAACAUUACCAAAGGCUGACAUCAUUGAUGUAAGAAGAUCUUCAUCAGGCAAGAACACAAGGCAUUCGAGUAGAGAUAAUUUGUUUGAAGUAGUAACAGCCAAAAGAACAUUCUAUAUUCAGUGUGAUGACCCAGCUGAUACUGACAAAUGGGUGAAUAUGAUGAAGCAAAACCUACCAACAACUCAGAUAUCACUGACCAAAUUAACAGGGCCAAAUGGAGAGGCAAUUGAAGACGCAGAGUCUACGGAGGCCACCAACGAACUCUCAGGAGAUGGCAGUGACCCGGGUGUUUCCUAGUAAAGAAUGGGUAUGACCUGCAUGUCAUUGCCAUGGUUACCAGUAGCUAAUUAGUUACAUGUUGUUACAUUUAGAUAAUAUUAUGUUAAUGAAUGAUUUUAUAUUCACUGUUAUCAAAACCACUACAAUUUGCCAUGCAUUUAUUUUCUGGGACCCUGCAUGGGUUUGUUGAUAAUAGUUGACCACUUGGUUAUUGACCAAUUGUUAUUAAAUAUUUGAUAAGAAGCUCUUAAAUUUGAAGCUUUGAUUAUUUGAAUACCAUUCAUAUAAAAGUGAAGGAUUAUAUGAUUACUGCUUUAAACAUUUUUAUGAUCAUACAAUUAUUUGAUUACCCCAUGCAGGGCCUCUUUUCUUACAUUCCAUUUAUAAUUGAAAGUGCUUCUUUGAAAUCCACCGAAUUGACUUGUUAUUUUUCUCAUUAUUUAUAGACUUAUUUUGAAAAUGUAAUGCAAUGUAUAUGUUUCUGUUAUUUUGUUAACUUUAAAUAUGACUAUAUAAGGCUUGGACUCAGACCAAAAUAAAGUGAAAAACAUUAUAAGGACAUAAAUAUAUUAUGCAUUAAAUGCCACAAAACUGUAUCAUGGAAUACUGAUAAAACAAUUUUAAAGUUAAGGCAGAGCAUGAAAGAAUUUUAACAGUAAAAUUUUAGUGAAAGAGUAAUCAUUCUUUUCAUUAUCAUUAUGAAGCACAGUUCUCCAUUACUUAUUAUACAUCUCUAUGGCAGUUGAUUCUGCUUUAUGCUAGUAACAUCAUUAUAGUGUGUUUGGGAUUUUGUCAAUUGUUAAAAGACAUUUAAAGCUUCAUUGAUUUUGCAUGUGAAAAUGAAAGUUAGUAAUGAAAACUAAAUACAUUGAACAAAGAAUAAAUUAAAUUGUUGUAAAAUAAAUGAAAAAGUUAGAGGAAUUUUGCAACAUAAUGACAUCUAUCAAAAUCAUAAAAGAUAUCAAAAGUGACAAUAUUUUUGGUAGUUUUAAUGCAUGUUUGCUUGAAGGAAACAAAAAGUAUAUUUUUAAAACAACAAACUAUUUUAAAUUGAGGGUCAUAUUGCAACCUUUCACCAAAUACAUAAUAGACAGGAUUUUUUCAAUGAGAAUUUUUUAAUAUCUGAUCUCAAAUUUUACUUGUUCACUAUCCUAAAAAAAAGUGGUAAAUAACUUAAAUUGUGUUGUUGAUUUGAUUUCUAUAUAUAACUUAAACAAGGCAUUAUAUUAGCUUUAAAUGUGACAUGCCAAUACAAAUUCAAGUAAUGCUUUAAAGCAUUCUGCUUUAACUAAGAAGAAAAAAUUUUGCUGAAUAUUAUUUGUUUUACGUUAUUAAGUUAUUGUAUCUUUAUAAUGUUUUUCUUUACAUUCCCCAAAAAACAUCUUCUCUGAAUGGGAAACUUCCAUCAACCCGAAGUAAAAAUUGUUGAUAUCUUAUGGAUAGCUUAGGUCCUGUUAUGAACAACAACACACCCUAGAGAAUUGAUAAUUUGUAAGAUCUUGGUCAGUAAUGAAGCUUUAGAAAGUUAAACUUAAUUUUUUUUGCUGGUUUCAUUCAUUCAUGAUAUUUCUUCAUCUUUAUCCACUGGUACAUAAAAUAACCAACAUCUCCAUUUAGUCAUACCCUAUUCAAGUAACAAAGUGUUCUGUUAAUACAGAUUUCACUGUAAAUGAAAAUAACUUAAUUUACUUUGAGAUGAAUAACAGCAAUGCAAGCACUGUCAGUUGGUUUUUGUUUUGUCAAUUGCUUGAAGAGAUUUUGUAAUGAAUUAGUCAAUCAUUUUCCUUCUUGUUAGGCCCUUUCUUUCUUGAUUUUGGUGCACAUAGCAGAUUAAGAAAAGAAUCAACAUUUUUUUUAACAAAACAUUCACUCUUUAAUUUUCUAAUGCAUGUGUAUGUAAAUGUUCUUUUUGUGUAUAAAUACUUUUAACAGUAUGAUCUGACAUUAUUUUCAUCUCAGAAAUGAAAGAUGUGCAAUAAAAACUUUUUAGAAAAUACUAAUACAACAAAAAAAAAAAUUACUUGUUUUUUUGUUAUAAAAUUACAAAUUUUUGAAAGUAUAUCCUAUUCAAACUUUUAAAAUCUCUUGUAAAGACAACUCCAAAAGUAACAGAAACUGACAUUUUUUAGUCAGAAAUUAUGCAUACUUUUCAUAAAAAGUAUAUUUGUGACAAUAUGUAAAUAAAAAUUUCUUCUUAAGUUUGAAAAAUUUCAAGUUGAUGUGAAAGUUACCAAGAAAAACACAAAAUAAUUCUGAUUUGUUAGAUUGUUAUUUUGGAUGACAUUUGUCUUCGUAAGUCUUUUUGAACUUUCUGUGUAAAAUAAAGAUAUUAUCUGACAAACUACCGGUACUCAUUAAAGUUCCAGUAUUGUAUAUGAUAUAGCUCACGCGUUUAACAAUUUAAUAAUUACAAUUUAACUGAAUGCAUACCUUCAGUAUUUGAUGUUCAUGGAAUUAAUAUAUAACACAUUUACAAACUUAUGCAUCAUGGAAAUAUUUAAUGUUGAAAUUUCCAACCUUUCGUUCCAAUUUUUUUCUAAUUUUUAAUGCUUAUUGUAAUGAAACCUUGAAGGUGAAUUUUCUGUUCCCUCUUUUCAUAUUUCUUUCAUUUUACUCAAAAUGUAGGAAUUUAUGCUUUAAAUAUAAUACCAGGACUAAAAUGCAUAAUAGAUAAUGUAAAAGUAUAGGGCUAGAUCUAGUGUAGUUUGUAGUGCAUUUUCUUAUUGAUAAUAUAAUUAAAUUGAUGCAAAGUGUACAUGGUAUAGGACUUUAUUUUAGAUCUUGAUGAAAUUGUUUAAACUAUACCCUCUUUGCAAACAAUAAAACAGAAGUGUUCACAGCUAUAAUAUUUCAAUUCUAAUCAAAAUGUUGUGGACGAACUUUCGAGAAAUGCAGUUCAAAGCAGAUAUUGCAUAUUUUAUGGCGCUAUUGGUGUCCAUUCUUUACAUUUAUAGAUCUAUUUCAUAACUUUUCAUUUAUUUUAUCUCUGGAAUUAUAAAUGCUACAUGUAUCAUUUGUUAUAUUCAGAAAAGAGUUCAAAUAGUUCUUUUAAAUGCAUAGAAAAAUCCAAUCAUGUAUACUCCUAUCAUAUAUACUAUGUUAUAAAAUUGCAAAAGCCCAGAACUUAAAACUCUGAAGUUUUAAACCAAUUUCAGCUGCUGUAUGCUUUUUCAUGACAUUUUGAGUUUGGUCCAAGCUUUCCUUAUACUGUAAUUGAAUUUUUAUUCAAGUGAUAUGCAUGAAUUCAAAGUUACAGUUCAAACUUUUUUGUCUCCCCUAAAAUAAAUUGAACAGAAUAUGCAAGACCUCAGUAUACCUAUAUAUUGGCAAAGGGGUUGCUUUUUGUAUAAAGCAUCAUAUUGCAAAACAAUGUAGAGAUGGACAGUCCUUAUUUGAUAUUUUUGUACACUGUUAAUUAAGGUGUUCUUUGACAAUUUUUUUUGAUAAUUUUCUAUUUAAAUGUGUGUUCUGAACAAAAUUUUCUUAUUGUUACAUUGUUAUAAAGAACAAAAUAUGCUGAGAAGACUAUCUUCCUAAAACUUUGUAACUUUAUAUAUAUCUUAUUGGAUUUUUAUUAAAUUUAUCAUGUUUUCAUGACUUUUUUUUAAUGAGCAUCCAUUCUUUUAAAAUUAUUAUAUAUUGUGGAUAAUUUUUAUAAGUUUAUUCAACCAUGUGUUAUUUCUAAGCAUAAAAUUUAAUAAAACCAAAGUUUAGAUAUGUUAUUUUUUAUAUUUGAAUUUAAUGUAAAAAGCAGAAUCUGAGAUUACAAAAGUCUGUUUAAUAAACAAUAGUACACAUAUAUAAGUGAAACAAAAUUCAAUUGUUAAUAAAGGUUUUAUAUAUUCAUUUGUAACUCUGACAUAAAAAAAAUUAAAAACAACAGUGCAAAUAUUGAUUUUUUUUAUAAAAAAAUGUAAAUUUUUGACAAAGACAUGUGUAUAUCUUGUGGAUUCAUUUAUUUUUGUUUGUGUCAACUUAGCAAUAUCAGAAGAAAAAUAUCCUGCAUUGUCUAACACCAUGUAUUGUAAAAUUUUCAAGUGUGUCUUUUUUUUACUUUGUUCAUGGUCAGCAUUUUCCUUCAAGUUUCAUCAUGUGGAACUUUAUGGUCCAUUUAUGGGCAUUGUACAGAGCCAUGAACAAAGUAAACAACAAAAAUUUAACUUCCCAUUGUAAGACCUGAGCCACAAAAAAACCUGAAGUUUCGUACUUUCUUCACCAUAAAUUAACAAAACACUGUGCUGAAAAUAUUUUAUGUUGUCACACAUUCAGUAUUUUUAUUAUUUUCUUUUUUUGAUUAAGCCAGGUUUGGUUUGACAGAUAAAUGACAGACAAACCAGUUUAUAAAUUUAUUAAUUUUCUUUUUAAUUCCUCUUCUGAUAUUUUCAAUGAAAAUUGAUAUUCAACACAAAUGUCAAUGAAUUCACAAUUUAUAGAACCUAUAUACUCACAUUACAUUCCAAGUACACUUUACUUGAAAGACAACAUAUUAAAAACCUGCACAUUUAUAUUUUAAAAGUAGUACAUAUUUCAACAUGUUAUUUGAUACUAUUAGUUUUUUUUAUGCUGUAUGUAAAAGCUUUAUAUAAGCAAACUAUAUAUUUCAAUAAAAAUGUUAGUACUAA